GGCCCAUCGACCCAAGCAGCAGCCGCCGCCCCCAUUUGCUGCGGGGGAGAAGGCGAGUCGCGAUCGAACUCCAUCCCCAAAAUUUCGAAUUUGAAAAGCGGCGAAGAACUCCACGCCAUUUCGACGAAUCUCUCCGCCAUCUGCUCGACGAAAUGCGCCGGACAACCUCCCGGCGCUGGGGGCCUUACCGCCGCGCUGGCCAGACGUCAGCCUCCGGCGCCGGCGCCAGCGCCGUCACUGUCGACCGCCUCAGCGCCCUACCGGACGCGCUCCUGCACCACAUCAUGUCGUUCCUGAAGGCGUGGGAGGUGGUGCCCACCUGCGUGCUCGCGCGGCGCUGGCGCCACCUCUGGGCGUCCGCGCCCUGCAUCGACCUCCGCGUGCGCCACUCCUCCUUCCGCGAUGCCAACCCGCCGGAGGAGUUCCGUGACUUCGUGGACAGCCUCUUCCUCCACCGUGAUGUGUCCGCGUCGGUGGACACGCUCCGCCUGCGGUCCAGCGAUGACUAUGUGGGCUUCGACGAGAAAGAUGCCAACUCGUGGAUCAGGACUGCUAUCGGCCGCAAAGCGCGGGUUAUUCAUCUUGUUGGACAUCGUAAGGGAGUCGCGUCACUGGACCGCGUGCCCUUCGUCUCUUGCCAUCUCAAGAUCUUGAAGUUGUCGUAUGCCAUGCUCGACGAUAGGAUCCUUGGACAGCUUUCUUCUAGUUGCAAAUCCUUGGAAGAGCUGGAUCUGAAGGAUUGCUUGGUCACUGGCCCUGGGAUUGUGUCUACCUCUUUGAAGACUUUAAUCAUGCUCAAAUGCACGUUCAACUGGGAAUUCUUGAUCACUGCUCCGAACCUUGUGCUUCUGCGCCUCAUCACGCCUUCCGUCCGAGUUCCGUCAUUUAUGAACUUUGGGUCACUGGUCACAAGCACCAUCAUACUUGACGAUUCUCUCUUGUGUGAUGAUUUUGGAUACAUCAGUGAUGAAGAUAAUUUUGAUGAAACUACUGAUGAUGAUAACCACAACGAUGAUAAGAGUGAGAACUAUAAGAUUCAUGAUGACUGUUCCUUGAGUGAUGAUGAUUUUGGAUACAUCAGUGAUGAUAAUUUUGGAUACAUCAGUGAUGAUAACUUUGGAUGCAUCAGUGAUGAUGGCGAUUUUGAUAAGUUUGGAUUUGGAUAUGGUUUUCCUAAAGGAAGAUAUGGACACAGCCGUUACAAGGAUAAUUACGAUUAUGGUAGCGAUAUUGAUAGUGAUGACAAUACCUAUGAAUACAGUGAGAUUGCAAAUGAUGCAAAGUAUGGCUACAAAGGGGCCAAGCUUUCCAGUGAAGAUGGUAAGUAUGGUGGAAACAGUGGUGGAAAUUAUAGUAAGAUUCUAGGUGGCCAUAAUAUGCUUGAGAGCCUUUCUACUGAUGCAGCGAGCAACGGCAGCACAAGAGGGCAGCGGCGGCAGGAUGCCCUCGCCUCAUGUCUCUCCUUCCCUCCGUCUUUCUCCUUGAUGAUUCCUUUUUCCUGA